CCGCAUCUUGAUCCUGGGUCUUGUAUGUCCUCUCCACCCUCCUCCCCUCUUAGAUUCUUUCUUGUUGGACCACGUUCUGAUAAUAUUGGUUGUUCUACAGGAUAACGCCGGAAAGACGACACUACUCUACCGACUGAAGAUGGGAGAGGUCGUAACGACGGUACCGACCAUCGGCUUCAACGUGGAAAGCGUCACAUACAAGAACCUCAACUUCAACGUCUGGGAUCUGGGUGGCCAAACCUCGAUCCGACCGUACUGGCGCUGCUACUACGCGCACACGGUAGCGGUAGUAUUCGUAGUUGACGCGACGGACCACGCCCGCCUCGAGACGGCCGCCGAGGAGCUAUCUGCGAUGCUGAGCGAGGAGGAGCUGCAGGAAGCUGCGCUGCUGGUGUUCGCGAACAAGCAGGAUCAGCCCGGUGUGCUGGGCGCGGCGGAGAUCUCGGAGGCGCUGAGGUUGCCCAGUCUCAAGGAGAGGAGUUGGAGCAUCUUUGGGUGCUCGGCUGUUACGGGGGAGGGGGUCACGGAUGGUAUGGAUUGGCUAGUGAAAACAGUCCAAGACACCCAGUAGACAGAUAGAUACCCCGACGAUCAUCUCUCUCAAUCAACGGGUAGAUAGGUGGGCGGGUGCCGCUGUGGGGGGAGCUCGGGGGACCAUCGGAAGGGCGGGGAAUCCUGGCAGCAUAUGCACACUCCACUCUACCUUACUUUCUACGAGGUCUUGUGCGUGUGGCAUGUCGGCAGUAUUAUUUCCGAGUCUUUUUACUUUGUGUUGUGUCUUUCCAUUCGAUGUUUAAUAGCCUCCGUUUUUCUGUCUGUCUGUUUCUUGUUUUUGUUGCGUGGCAUGAUCGGAGUCUUCUGACAACUGCUGUGGUAUGAUACUGGUGGUGUUGAUGUUUGCGUUCAAGCCGAGGUGUCUGUGUGGUAAUACUUAUGAGUCGCUGCAGCUCUCGAUCUCCAUCUCUCUGUGUACACUGUACACACUGUCGUGAUGACAGAAGCG